GUUCGAUGCACCGUUUUUCAGUCUUACUGCUCAAGAAGCAACUUCGAUGGACCCUCAGCAGCGUCUGUUACUCGAGUGUACGUUUGAGGCACUUGGUAGUGCUGGUAUACCGAAGCGCGAAAUCGUCGGGAAUGAAGUCGGCGUUUUCAUUGGAGGUUCCUUUAAGAGUACGAGCCCCAGUUGUUCCAUGACACUGAAACUAUUCCUAUGUACCAAGCCUCUGGAACAUGCUUUGAGGGACAGCGAUACCAAUCGAGCAGGAUUGUUGGAAGGUAUCAAUCGGGAUGACAAAACGCCUGAAAUAACCACACGAUCACUGGCAUGCGUAUCACGCC